AUGGAAGAUGCAUUUAAACCUGUUGAAAAUUGGGUUAAUAAUGGAAUAAAAUGGUUAGAUGAUUUACAGUCUUUUUACAGAGAGAGGGCUAUUAUAGGAGACUCUAUAGAAAAAGAAUACUCCCUUAAACUCUCUUCAUUAUCGAAAAAGUAUCAUGAAAAAAAAGGAAAGCGUUCUACAAGUUUGUCAGUAGGAGACAACCCUCGUAUGACUCCUGGUUCUUUAGAAUCAGCUUCUGUUACUACAUGGGAAAAUAUAUUGAAUAGCACUGAAAGUUUAGCAAAAGAACGACAAAUAUUCUCGGAAGAGAUUCAAAUUCAAGUAGCGGAUAAUUUUAGAGCGUUAGCAGCAAAGACAGAUGAUUUAAGAAAAAAGGUUGUUAUAUCAUUAAAUUUUAACAUUAGGAUUAAAAUAGUACAACAGCAUGUUAUUUUUUCAGAAAAACUAUUGGAGGAUAGGGAAAAGAUAUAUUUAGAAUUAAAAAAAUCAAAAUCAAAAUAUGAUGAACAUUGUUAUUUAGUAGAAAGUUCUCGUCAAAAACAUGAAAAAUCAUGUGAUGAAAAUAAGGCAAAAGCGAAAAAAGCGUAUCAUGAGAAUAUUCUUGAUAUGAACAAUGCUAAGAAUAAUUAUAUUAUUGCUAUUCACGUAGCAAAUGCACAUAAAAACAAAUAUUUCUUUUCUGAUAUUCCUGAUAUUUUGGAUAGUAUGCAGGAUAUAAAUGAAUUGCGCAUUCAAAGUAUGAAUUCUAUAUGGACUACUGCUGCAAAUCUUGAAAUUACUAUGUUUAAUCGUUGUAAAGAACAUCUUACUAACAUUAUUGGAUUUGUAAGCAAAAAUAACCCAGUUCUUGAUUCUACUAUGUUUGUGCGUCAUAAUGCAACUUCAUGGUAUGAACCACCUGAUUUCGUAUUUGAACCCUGUAUUAUAUGGCAUGAUUCGAAUGAGAUGGUAGCAAAUGAAGAUUCUAUUGUUUUUUUAAAAAAUAAAGUUAUCAAAUCCCGUAUGAAAUUAUCACAGUUACAAGAAAAUGUUGAUAUAAAAAGACGAGAAAUUGAUGGUUUGCAGAAUCUUAGGGAAGUUUAUUCAAAAAAUCCUCAACUUGGAAGCCAAAAUGACGUUACAAAUAAUCUUCUUGAUGCACGGAGAGAAGUGGCUUUUAUGGAUAAUCAAAGAUUAACAUUUCAAAUGGAAGUUGAUGCUAUUGUUCGUGUUAUUGGAGGUUGUUUUUUUGCUUUGUUAAUUUUAAUUAAUCUUCUAGAUGUUAAUAAUGAUAUAUUACCACAUGAUUUUAAACCUUCAUCUUUUACAAUUCCUACAAAUUGUGAUUGUUGUAAUUCCACUAUUUGGGGAUUAGCACGGCAAGGUUUGACGUAUUGUAAUUAUAACUGUCAUUUUAAAUGCGAAAUGAGAGUUUCAAAAAGUUGUCCAGGGGUAAGAAAUGGAAAAAAGACAAAAAAAAUGAAGGAAGUUACAAGUUCAUAUAAUCCACAAAAAAAUACUAUGUCUUCAUUAUCAUCUUCGCUCAAAAAUACUAAUUUAGAUAAAUCACCUUCAGGAAACAAAGGCUCGUUUGAUAGUCCUUUAAAAACAUCAAUUUCGAUGAAUAACUCUCGUGUUUCAGUUUCAUCUGUUUUUGAUAAGCAAAUAGCUAAAGUUCUAUAUAAUUAUGUUUCGACUAGUACUAGUGAGCUUAGUGUAAAAGAAGGCGAUGAAAUUAUUGUUUUGGAGAAAGAUGAUGGUUCUGGAUGGAUUACUGCUCGUCUUGGAUCACAAGAAGGCAUUGUUCCAACUUCAUAUGUAAAAAUGAUAAAUCCUCAAGAACUUGUAUUAAAUGAAAAUGGGUCUUCUAUUUCAACUAAAUCAAUAAAAAAAUCUGGACCUGCUGUUCUUCCACGACGUGGAAAAAAAUCAAAAGAAAUAUAUGUAAAAGCAUUAUAUGAUUAUGAUGCAAGUUCUGAAGUUGAAAUAUCUAUCCGAAAAGGCGAUUUGAUUAAAUUAAUAAAAGGUGAUCAAGGAGAUGGCUGGAAUGAAGGAGAAUUAAAUGGUGUAAUUGGACAAUUCCCUGCAAGUUAUGUAGAGGUUAUUUCAGAAAGAUCAUAG